AUGUGUCCAUCAGCGCGCAGCCUCCUUCUCCUGGCCUCCCUUGUCCUCCUGGAGCAUCUUGGUUCUGCCAGGAACCUCCCCAGGAGCACCCCAGUCCCAGCAGUGUCCCAGGAGUGCCACAACCUCUCCCAAACCCUGCUGAGCACUGUGGACAGUGCCCUACAGAACGCCAUAGAAAUCCUAGAGUAUUAUCCCUGCAGUGCUGAAGAGGUCAAUCAUGAAGAUAUCACCAAGAACAGAACCAACACAGUGAAGGCCUGCUUGCCCCAGGAACUAGCCCAGAAUGAAAACUGCCUGGCUUCCAGAGAGACCUCUUUUAUAAUUAAGAGGAGCAGCCUGACCUCGGGGAGGACCUCCUGGAAUACGACGCUGUGCUUUAGUAGUAUCUAUGAGGACUUGAAGAUGUACCAGCUGGAGCUCAAGGCCAUCAGUGAAAAGCUGUUGAUGGAUCCUAAGGGGCAGAUCUAUGAAGAUAAAGCCCUGCUGGCUGCUGUGGAUUACCUGAUGCAGGCCGUGAAUGUCAACAAUGAGACUGUGCCUCAGACACCUUCCCCUGAAGCACCUUCCCCUAAUUUGUAUAGAACGAAAACCAAGCUCUGCAUACUUCUUCAUGCUCUGCGAAUCCGGGCGGUGACCAUCAACAGGGUGAUGAGCUAUCUGAAUUCUUCUUAGGAAGCUGAGGGGCCUCCCAGCCUAGUGUCUUUUGCAUAA